CUAGACGUCAGUCAUAUCCAAUGAACUAUCGAACAUUAAACUGAUAAACUAAAGGGCUUGUUCGUUUGUGCUUGUAUCGAGUAUUGGGUGGGCAAUGUGUUGAUAAUUUAUGGAACUUGGAACUAAUGAACUCGAACAUCGAGUGGAAUAUUUACGAAGGAAGGGGAGUGCAAAAAUUCUGAAAUGAAGUUGACAAUAUGACAAUCUCAGAUAACUCCCAAAUUGACUGACAUGUCUGUGACUAAAAGUGACAAAUAUUGCCUCAAAAAACUAAAAAAGUAUUGUUUAGUUUAGUGUUUACUGAAGUGAAGAGUAUAGUUGAGUGAACAAUUCUCGCGAAGUGCUUUUCUAAUCUAUUCUAUUAAUCACCUAUGAAAAGACAUGAACAAGACAACCAUCAACAUAACAGUGUGAUGUUUUUGGUCCAAAUAACAGAAUGAAGUAGCCACAAUUGAAGUCCGCCGAUCAGGGCCGGACCUCCUCUUCACCAAAACUGUCAUGGGAGUGAUGUGGCGCUUCUUACCUUUUAUGGCAGUCGUCCUUACGAAUUUUCAAUUCAAAGCUGAACAAGUUGUUGUUCUGGAUACCACGGGAGAAGCCAGUUUGGAUUGGACUAGGUAUCCUUAUGGACCACAAGCCAGCACACCAGGGUGGGUGGAAGAGUCAUUCACCAAUUUCCAGAAAGGAAUUAAUUGGAGAUCAUACGUAGUAUGUGAUGUCGCCUAUAACAACGUCAACAAUUGGCUUUGGACGCCAUUCAUCGAAAGGAAUGUUUCCAAUAGGAUGUACAUAGAAAUAAAAUUCACUAUCAGAGAUUGCAGCCUAUUUCCAGGGAACGCACUAUCUUGUAAAGAAACCUUCAGCUUGCUAUACUACGAAUUCGAUGCCGUCACUAGAGAGCCACCGCCAUGGGAUGCAGAAAGAUAUAAACUAAUAAGUCGAAUAGCAGCUGGAGAAGGAAGGUUUAAUUCCAACAGUGAAGUGAACAUCAAUGCUGAAGUCAAAAGUAUACCUGUCACCAAGAAAGGAGUUUACUUUGCAUUCCGAGACCAGGGGGCUUGCAUAUCUCUUCUGGCAAUAAAAAUUUACUACAUAGUUUGCCCUGAAGUGACCGUGAACUUUGCCAGAUUUCCCUCCACUCCUACUGGCAAGGAAAUCACUAUUAUAGAACAAGCAAAUGGAACAUGUGUGAGUAAUGCUGAAGUCGUUGGAACUACCCCAAGUUAUCUAUGCAAAGGUGAUGGCAAAUGGACUCUUUCUACUGGAGGCUGCAAGUGUAGAGCAGGUUUUCAGCCUGAUAUGGAGAAGCAAACUUGUAAUGUAUGUCAACAAGAAACAUAUAAAGCUGAAACUGGUGAUGGUCCAUGUCUUCCAUGCCCCGAAUUUUCAACAGGACCAGAUUAUGGACUAACGGAAUGUCAGUGUAUCACAGGAUAUUAUCGAUCACCCAUUGAUCCAAAGAAUAUGCCGUGCACUCAGCCACCUUCAGCACCACAAAAUUUAACCGUCAGCUUCGUAGACCAGUCGACUGUUAUCUUGAGUUGGCUACCCCCUGAAAAACAAGGAGGUAGGACUGACACUGUUUAUAGGAUAAAAUGUGAUGCAUGUAGCUUGGGUCUCGUUCAGUAUAAUCCCAGCAUGGAAACUUUCAAUGAAACCAGAAUAACCAUCAGUGGUCUCAAUGCUGUGACAACAUAUCGUUUCCAAAUUUUUGCCGAGAAUGGAGUUUCCCAACUACAAUUAAGAGCAAUGCCUGAAUAUGCAGAUAUUGUAGUAACCACAGAAGCUUCUGUAGCCAGUAGUAUAACAAAUAUCAGGGUUACAUCAGUCAAAAGUACUGAAAUUGUCCUAGCAUGGGAUGCUCCAUCGAUAAAUGAUGGCUCUGAUAUAGAAAAUGAUGUUGUAGAGGCCUAUGAAGUUCGAUGGUUCCAACGGAAUGACAUAGAUUACAGUAACAAUAGUUUGCUAACAACUGAUUUAUCAGCUGUGAUAACAGGUCUUCAACAGAAAACAGAAUAUGGUUUACAAGUGAGAGCAAAAACUCAAAGAGGUUGGGGAGCUUACUCUCCUGUUAUUUUCAAGAUUACUGGACAAGUGAUGAAUACAGCGUAUAUUGAAGAUGAAGAAGGCAUAAGACUUCAGUUGGUUGCUGGAGGAAUUGUAGCUGUUGUAGUCAUACUGGUUGCAGUAAUCGUUUUGACAGUUCUGUUUUUGAGAACAAGAUCUAGCGAUGAAUGCAAUAAAAAACAACCUAGUGAUUGUGAUACAUUAGAAUAUAGAAAUGGCGAAGUUCAUCAUAAUCUGGAUAAUCCUCCUAUAGUUACCACCCAUACAAAUGUGACGACACCUUUAUUCACGGGAAUAAGUGGUUCUUCAAGAACCUAUAUCGAUCCUCACACGUAUGAAGAUCCAAACCAGGCUGUGAGAGAAUUCGCUAGAGAAAUUGAUGCCAGUUGCAUUACGAUUGAAGCAAUUAUCGGUGGUGGAGAAUUUGGAGAUGUAUGCCGAGGAAAACUGAAGAUGAACGGUGUUGACAUAGAUGUUGCUAUAAAAACACUAAAAGCAGGUUCUUUGGAUAAAUCCCGUAACGAUUUCCUAACUGAGGCUUCUAUAAUGGGCCAAUUCGAACAUCCAAAUGUUAUUUUCCUGCAAGGAGUUGUCACGAAAUCAAAUCCGGUUAUGAUUAUAACCGAAUAUAUGGAGAAUGGGUCACUGGACACAUUCUUAAGGGCAAAUGAUGGCAAAUUCCAAAUGAUUCAGCUGACUGGAAUGCUGAGAGGUAUUGCAUCGGGCAUGCAAUAUUUGAGUGAAAUGAAUUAUGUACAUCGUGAUUUAGCAGCAAGAAAUGUAUUGGUUAAUUCGCAAUUAACCUGUAAGAUAGCCGAUUUUGGUCUCAGUCGAGAAAUUGAGAGUGCCACAGAGGGAGCAUAUACCACGAGGGGUGGUAAGAUACCUGUUCGAUGGACAGCACCAGAAGCCAUUGCUUUCCGUAAAUUUACUUCAGCCAGCGAUGUCUGGUCCAUGGGUAUAGUUGGCUGGGAGGUAAUGUCUUAUGGAGAGCGUCCGUAUUGGAACUGGUCCAAUCAAGAUGUUAUCAAAAGCAUAGAGAAAGGCUAUAGGCUGCCUGCUCCCAUGGAUUGCCCAGAGGCAAUUUACCAAUUAAUGCUUGACUGUUGGCAAAAAGAAAGGACCCAUAGGCCUACUUUCCAGUCUAUUGUAAAAACUUUAGAUAAGUUAAUUCGUGUCCCAGAUACAUUAAGAAAAAUUGCUCAGAACCGACAUCAUCUGCCAUAUAAUAUUCCAAGAACGACACAGAACCUACCCUCUCACAUUACACCAGAAAUUCAAUUGUCAGAACUGCCACCACUACAGCACAAUCCUUAUUUCGGGUCUCUGCAAAGACAUGUCAGGUAUAUUCCAAACAUUGUUGGUGUUGAAACAAAUCCUCAUUAUGGUCUACCAGACGUAAUUUUGCUACAAAAUCAUGAAGCAGGCCCAAAUUUUAUUCCUGAAAUGGAAUACAGAAGAAGAUUGGAGAGUGAAUAUAGAAAUUCUAUUGUAGAACAUGAGAUGAUUAAGAAAAGGUUUGAAAGCCUUUUGAACCUAAAAGAAGACAACAUUUAUAACGAUGUGAUUCUAGAAAAUCAGUUAAGAGAAAGGGACAUCGAUCCCUGGAGUAUAAAUGAACAAGUGAGCGUACCUCACAAUUCAACUACGGAAGGACGUUUUAUAAAGUCGAACUCCCAAAAUGCAGGACCAAGAAACUUUUACUUUGACGAGAGAGAUGAAUGUGAUCAGCAAGCAAAAAUAUUAUUUUACAGGAAACCUUAUAUUUUUGGAGACAGCCAAGAUAUUAGCAGAAGACCUGAUAAUUUUUUUUCACGAAUGAUAAAUGAUACAAAUGGCAGUGAUUUAUUGCAAUUGAAUGAAAAGUCAUCAAAUAAUUUCAAGGAUGCCUUGAAUAAUCUGGACAAUUCUGAUAAUUUGUUGGAUGUUAAUGUUGAGAGGGAAGAAGCUAUGAAUCCAGUAGAAGAUAGGAAUGCACCGAAUGGGAAAGCUUGGGUCAAUUUUAUUAAUGUGUAAAUAUGCUUUCAGUGGCUUUUGUUUGCAAGAUCCAACAACCCCUUGUCAGCAGAUGCGCCCGAUCUUACAAACUUCACAUGUGUGGAAGAUUGGCUCAAUUCCAUAAAAAUGGCACGAUACUUAGAAAACUUCCAUUCCGGAGGAAUUGCUACUAUGGACGCGGUAGUGAAUCUCACUGUCAAAGAGUUGACAGAACUAGGAAUCACUCUUGUAGGACAUCAAAAAAAGAUAAUGAACAGUGUUCAGAAUAUCAGGGCACAAAUAAGAGUGAAUGGCAAUGAGGGGUUCUUGGUUUGAAGAGUGUCUCUGAAAUAUUGGACCAUUAGUAAAAGGAUUUUAAGUGUAUUCUGAGGAAAACGUACGUUAAUUUAUGACCAUUUUAUACUAAGAUGACAUCCGUAAUUAUUUAUGGUGUAUGUGAAAUUGUGGCAGCUAAGCUUAUUUAUUCUACAAAAAUCAAAAUAUAUAUCAUAAUGAGUGCUGAUGAGUGCUAAUGCGCAAUUUGCCUCUUCGUAUUAGAAAUGUUAUGAUUGUGAUUUAUAAAUAUCAAUUUCAAUUUGAAUGAACGAAUCUGUAAUUUCAAUGAGCAUCCAAUGCACUUGACAGAAGUAACACUGAUUUUGUAAUUCCAGGAUAUCCCAAUGAGAUCAAAAUAUAAAUGAUACUAUUGGACAUUUCAGUAACCAUCAUGGAUUUCGAAAAUUCAAAUCAAUGUGAUCCACAUUUGCUGAUUUAUUAUUUCCUUUUACCCAAAGUUAAUAAGUGAUUGCAAUAUUGCAAAGUUCAGGAGGAAUGGUCGCCAAGUCAUUAGAUGCUUAUUUGACCUUUAAUUUAGCGCGCAUUUGAUACCCUGUCAAUAUUCGUUGAAUUCGCAUAUAAAAUAUAACUUGUGAUGAUGCAGUUUCCAAUGAUUCUCCUAAUAUUAUGAUUCUUUGUCACGACAGUUGGAAAUAAUACACCCGGGUAAAGCUCGAAUCAUGAUGAUACUCGUUCAAAUAGUGGAUGAUAAUCGGCAAUUUAAUCAUUACUAGUUAGUGAUAAUCUCAGACAGCAUGAUGAAUUAAGUUAUAAUUUUGUAUUAAUAAUCUACAUGUAUAUAUUCUUUUUCUUAGAUAUUUAUUAUUGCCAUAUUUAUGAAAAUGCCGAAAUUAUCUAAUAUCUCGUUAUUUCUACCCAAAGUGUAUUGUCCUUUUUACUUGAAAUACAAAUGAAGGAAAAAACACCAAAUUAACUUGUUAAAAACCAAAUAUAAAUCAAAAGUUUUUUUUUUUGACAUAUCACUUCUGAAGCACCUAUUGAACAUAUUUAUUUCUUCAUUUCAUUCUGGAAGAACGCAAAGUACAAUGAUUCAUGUAAUAUUUUUGUUGAUUAAAAUCUAGAUAGAAUCAGUGUAAAGGUUUGUCGGUAGAUUGAAGUCUAUAUAAAUUAUAUUUCUAAAUAAUUCUAAAUCUUGAAUGUAUAUUGAAUAAUAGCAAUAAUUCAGUGUUUCAAAUGCUAUUUUUUAUUUCAUCAUAAAUUGAUGCUCUUUUGUAAUUAUCAUAUUGGCAUAUACUUUUUUGGCAAGACAUAGUCUCCUAAUGUUAUAUCGGAAUAGUUAAGUGUCCAAAAUCGAAAUUGAAAAAUAAUUGAACUUGAAUUGUAUGUGAAAUCAGAUGAUGUAAUGAGUGAUUUUUUUUAAUGCAGAGAAGAAUAAACUAUG